AUGGAAUCACCAACGUGCGGCGACGCAGUGGGGAGUGUGGAUGCUGGUCGUGAAACGUCGUGCCCAGGUUCAUCUUCCGGGGUGCCGUAUCCUCUUUUUCAUUUGAUAGCGGGUGACACUGUUAUCCUUGCCAUGGAGCACAACAAUCACAGCAAGUUGCUCGCUUUAUCGACAUCAAGAAAUGAAAUUUUUGUAACAAAUACGCAGAGCCUGCCGAUGGAGGCGGUGCAGAUGUCGGAUGGGGAGAAAGAGAGGUGGGACCCCGCCGCUGCAACCACGUUAGUUGACCGGCUGCGCCACGCGUGUACGCAGCUUGUUUGGGCGCCUUGGCAAUACGGCAACCGCCUUGCGUGUAUAUCCCGCGGGAAGCACAUACGGAUAUACCGUUUAUCACACAACCGCUGGGCGUUAGAUGAGGCGGUACCCGUACAAGAUUGCAACGCAGCCGCCUUUUCCCCCUACCUCACCAUGGCGUGCGCCUGUGCAAAAGGGAAAGUACUGAUAUUCGCCCAGUCGAAUUCCGAUGGAAACAGUGCGUGGUCUUGCUGCAGCACAUACUCCUUGGAAUCCGAAAGUAGCAGCUCAUUUAACCAGCCUAUUGGUAGGAACCGUACCACCAAGGGCUGUACAUGUGUAAGCUGGGACGAAAGUGGUAGUUUGCUGGCUGUGGGAGACGGUGCAGGGAGCUUUCGUGUCAUGUACGUCACCGGUGAGAGUCGACGCGUUGUCGGCACUGCGUAUGGCCCCAGGGUAACCACCGACCGCGCGGCUGUACGCCAUCUGUCAUGGGCUCCAGGUGCAGGCCGUAGCUUUCUUAUACUCGCUGUCGUCACUUUGGAGAGCGUGACGCUUUUGUUUUUUAAGCGGCCUUCCGGGGGUGCUGUAGCUACAGGCGGAGCACACGCCCUCGUUCCUGAUCGGCUACAAUUGAUGACUGAGACAAGUAUGGAAAAGCAAGAUGUAGUGGGACUUAUUUGGAAUUCGAAUGGGACACGUUUUGUGACUAAUCACACCGCCGGUACUUUGGGCGUGUGGACGAUUGUGGUUUCGUUUGUGCGGCCAGUGCGACGAGCUGUGAGCGAUAUGGGAGAUAGGGGAAUGGGCUUGCCUCAUGCCGGUGAGCCGUGUGAAGACCAGUCUCCCGUUCUGGUGGCGCAAAUGAGACAGAUAUCAGUGGUACAUCUAUUUCAGAAUGGAGGAUAUUGGUGGCGGGGAGGGGGUUCGUAG